AUGUUCAAACAGUUAUUGGGACUUAAAUCAGUGGUGAAGCCAAUAACUUCAUUCACAAACCAUGUGGUAACCCCCAGAAUAUUUAGCCCUUCAUUAACAUCCAUGCUUAAUCAAAAAAGAUUUGCCACCAUAAAUCAAAUCAAACGUGGUAAACAAGGAGAACCUAAAAAACCAUAUAUACCAAAUUCACCCCAUUUAGAAACCAAUCCUUUCAAAAAAGGAGUUGUUCUUAGAGUUAUGAUUGUCAAACCAAAAAAACCAAAUUCAGCUCAAAGAAAAUGUUGUAGAGUAAGAUUAACUAAUGGUAAUGUAAUUAGUGCUUUAAUUCCAGGUGAAGGUCAUAAUUUACAAGAACAUCAUGUUGUUUUAGUAAGAGGAGGUAAAGUUCAAGAUUUACCGGGGGUUAAAUAUAAAUUAGUAAGAGGAGCUUAUGAUUUAAGUGGAGUUGCCAAUAGAGCCACAUCAAGAAGUAAAUAUGGGGUUAAAAAACCUGAAUAA